AUUUUGUCAAUGGUAUAUGACUUGGGUCGAUUAUGUCAUGGCGGGUUAGAUGUUUUCGGCAUUGAAUUUCCUUGAAUUUGUUUUGAAUUUCUCUGUCAAUGAUCUCGCAUGUUUCGCUGCAUAUAAAUGUCAGCGUUACUUAUAAAAAAAAAAUAUUUCGUAAACUAUUCAAAUGCUGAAACAAUUGCAAAUGGGCCUUCGCGCGUUCAUGCUCCUCGCCUCUAAAGUAUGGAGUUGUUUUUGUUACAUGUUUAGAAAGCAGUAUCGAGCGUUGGCUCAAUAUCAAUCUGUCAAAUAUGAGAUAUACCCACUUUCUCCAGUAUCUAGACACAGGCUGAGUUUAGUCAAAAGAAAAAUGUUGGUACUGGACUUGGAUGAGACCUUAAUACACUCUCACCAUGAUGCAAUGCUGCGGCCAACAGUAAAGCCUGGCACCCCACCUGAUUUUGUACUCAAAGUUACUAUAGAUAAGCAUCCAGUUAGAUUUUUUGUUCACAAAAGGCCACAUGUUGACUACUUCUUGGAUAUAGUGUCACAAUGGUACGAGCUGGUAGUGUUCACAGCGUCUAUGGAGAUAUAUGGCGCUGCUGUUGCCGACAAAUUGGACAACGGACGGGGAAUUCUCCGGCGGCGAUUUUACAGACAACAUUGCACGCCGGAACACGGCUCGUACACGAAGAACUUAUCAUCGAUAUGCGAUGAUCUUAACAGGGUAUUCAUUCUGGACAAUUCUCCCGGCGCUUAUCGGGAUUUUCCAGAUAACGCGAUCCCAAUAAAGUCGUGGUUCUCGGACCCCCUCGAUGUGGCGCUGUUAAAUCUUUUGCCAGUUCUCGACGCGCUGCGCUUCACGCAUGACGUGCGCUCAGUGCUGUCGAGAAACUUACACUUACACCGCCUAUGGUAGCACCUGCUCGAUACUAGCGUUUUGUACAAAUUUAGGGAGUGAAUGCGCUUCCAGAACCUAUUUAUUAUUUUUUUCACUUGUUAGAAACCUACAGCGCUUCUAUUCAAAUAUACAUAUAGAAAUAAUCUAGUGGAAUAAUUUUUUAAGUUUUGUUUUAAAUAAACAGUGAUUAGUGUAAUAUAGGACUGAAUUUUCCUACGUUCGUAGGAGAGGGUAGUUUCAAAAACACCCUUGUCGGUUUAGGUCUCUAUCACUCACCUACAUGGAAUGAGACGGCAAUAUUUUAAGUUUUUUUUAGUUUGUAUCGGACUGCUUUUAAAUCAGUAGUGAUUAGUUAUUUUUGAAUUCAUGACAAAAAAAUUGUGUGGAUCCUGCGAAAUUUGGUGUUACGCACGGAUAUAGGUUUUAUUGUCUAUUUUUAAUUGCGAUAUUCUUCAACUGGUAGUUAAAUAAAUAAUUACUUCACUAUUUGUUUUCAGACUUUUGAUUUUACUGUCUUAAAAAAUUUAUUUGUUUUAAUAAUAAUUAUCUGAUAUUAUGAUUCUGUAGUUAUGCCAUAUUAUCUCUUUUUUGAGAAUAUAAGUUUUGAAAUAUCUGUAUAACAAAACAAAAUAGAACGAAAUUGGUUUUAAGUUUUAACAUUAAAUAUAUUUAGAUACUCGCAAUUAAAAAUCGAUGAUCUUUGAGAUACUUAUUACUUUUGAUUAACGAUAAACUUUUUAUAGACCUUUUGAAAGAUCUAUCGAUUCUUUAUACUUUAGGAAGAGUAAUUUUUUUAUAUCAAUUUCAUAAAUUUAUUUGUUGAUGUAAAAUUAUAGUUAAUCAAGGAUUUUAAGCGUUUUCUUAAAUUAAGAAGUUUAGAUGGAUUUGUUUUUAGGAAAUUGAGGCAUUUCACUUAAACUAAGUUGCAAAUCACAGGCGCACUAUGAUGUUAAGAGCUAAAAAUAAUAAUCUCGAUAAUGCAAAAGUAAUUAAAUCAAUAAAUCAAAAAUACAAAUUGUACUUUUAGUCCCUGGCCAAAAUUCAAAGACAAACUAGUCUUGACUAAGUGUCACCCAACUCGUUCAUCUGUCAAAAUUCUAUGACAAUUUCACAUGUGCCCGACGUUAGGUAUGCCUCCAUGCGUCAUGGUGUGCCGUGAAUAAAGACAAUAGUGGUAUACUACGUAAACUAUGUACAAAUGUAAACCGAAUCAGUUGAGUAGUUUCGUUUCAUUAACAACGCUUUUUUGUCAAACUUUCAUGUCAUGAAACCUUCGUGGUCUUCUAAUGUUUGAACUAUUUUAAAAUUUUAAUCUAUAAGCAUGACAGCUCAAACCACAGAUUGCACUUAAGGCAUCAAAUUUAAAAUACUACUUAAAUUUUCAUAGGAAAAUUAAUAUCCUAUUGCUCGAAAAAAGGGUUAUUUUUUCGUGGUUAUAAAAAGCGUUGUUGAUAGACAUAGAUGUUAUAAUGUCUGUUACCUUUAUAUUGUCUGAAACGUGAGAGAAUAGAAGGGGAUCGGUAAAUCAUUAGUAGUGUUUUCAAAUCUCUUACAAUUAAUAUAAACUAAAGAGUAACAUGAUAAAACCUUAACUGUUUGGUUAUUGUUCCUAAUAUAUUAUAGGGACCGGUGCCUAUGAGUUACGGCAUUCAAUAUACCAGGGAGUUUCAGAUUAAAGAAUUUUGUGGAAGUUGUUGUAUGAGUCGUACCCUUAGUAGUUUCCAUGUCCAUGAAUGUCCCAUCAAGAAGUUAACGGAAACUAUAUCAAAUGCAUUUUGUCAAAAACUGAACUGAAUACAUAACGAUACCAUCAAAAACUUUGCGCUAGGGUCAUGCUUGGUAUCCUGAUCUUUUCCAUACAAAUUAGAGGUGUCAUACUUCUCGCAUAAUAUUUAUGACUAGAACACCAGCUAUUCUUAUGGAAGGUAAAUUUAAUGUUCCAUAGACCAAUAAACUAAUUUUGAUAUUACAACUGCCUGGAUGUUAAACCAAUAAACAAAAUAAUUAAAUGAGUAUGAAAUUGAGGAAAUCUGGUGCUAAAAUUUAAAGCGAUUGAUUAUGAAAUUAAAUUGUAUUAUGAGAUUUGAAAUCAUACACUAAUGUUCAGUUCAAACCAAAUAUACGAAUAGUUUAUAUCUAAUGAACUUAGGAAAAUAUACUUUAAUUUUAAAGUAAUAUUCUUGUUUCUAUAGCAAUUAGUGUCGGCCAGCAUUGUAGUUUAAUAUAAGUGUACCUAAUAAUAAAUAUUUAGGUUUUUUAUAUUAACGAACCCUUGCAGUGUUGAUAUAAUUUCCAUAUUUGGUUUAUAACAUUGUAUUAAUAUUUUCCUAUAUUGUAACAUAUUUGUAAAGUUCUUAAGCAGAUUUAGUUACGCAUUUGGAUUCUGUGAAAAAUUUGUUGAGUUUCGAAUGCAAUGUCGGUUUAUAUUUCUUUCAAAUCCAGUACCAUAGUCUUUCUUUCCUUUAGAGACUAUUUUGCGUAAACGCGUAUUUCAUAAGGGCUACUUGUGGAGUAAUAAUUAACGAGACUUGUGUUGCAAUACUUUGUAGCAGGAGAGAGUUCACAGUGAAAGUCUAUGUUAUGUUAUGCCGAUGAAGGAGUCCGAACCAAUAGUCGUAGUAUAAUUAGACGUCUUCUAAUUAUGCUAUCAAUAACUGUAAAUUUGUACUUCUUGACAUGAACUGUGAAGUAACCCGCACUAAAAGUAGUUAACCAGUUUUUAAUAAUUUGUAAAUAUUUUUCCUAUAGCAUAUCGAUUAACACUGUUAUAUACAGGGUGAGUAACAAAAGUGAGAUUAAUUUGCCCGUUGAGAACCUGUUGAUGGUAAAUUUUUAACACUAGCCAUAGAACUGAAAUCUUACAAAUGUAGCUAUAUGAAUAUAGCGCGUAUGAAUACGCAUAUGUUGUAAAUAUAGCAGUUUCAUACAUAAAAGUUUGGUGAAUUGACAAAAUUUUUAUUAUAUUAGAUACAUAUGUAUCUGAGACCACUGCCUUUUAGGUUUGAAAGUUUAACUUUUAUGUACUGAAACCUAUGAAAUUGUCCCAACCACAAUAUUUUAAUAAUAUGUAAUGUUCUAUUGCUUUUCUUUUUAUAUUAAAAAAAAAAUCUCUUAAGGUAUUGCUUAUUUCAGUUAUUUUAUUGACAGUGUCCACAAAUGGUUUAUAGUCUCCCACUUUUUAAUUCAAUCUAUUUGAUGAUCUUCAAUGUCGUUAAGAAAAACUAAAUUAAGAGAGGCUAAUGUGUUACAUAUUGUGGUUGAUCGGAUAACUUCCAUUUUUGAUUGUCAAAUACCUUCUAUUUCAUUGUAAGUAGACAAGUGGAGUAAUUAUUAAUUUUGUUCAACAUGAUACCAAGUCUCAACUGGUUGAUCGAAGUUCAAAGCUAUUUGUAUCAUAAUUAAAGAUCGAUUUAAAA